CUAGUCAUUUCUUUUACACUAAAUGAAACCACAAGAAACCAAAAAUCUACAUCCGUCACUCUCUAGGGUAGAGCAUCGCUCACUGAGAGUCGUCACUGACUCUGCUCCAUUUGCUUUCCUUCUUUGUUUUCUAAGCUUUUUCCUCUCAAAUUUGCUCUUUUCUUCCUCUUAGAAUCACUAGACCUACUGUUUCUUUUGAAUUUUAGGUGUUGAUUUCUUUGUAGUUUCCUUCUUCAGAUUGAAAAACCCAAAAAAUCCCUUCAGUUUUCUCUUUACAACAACUGUACAAAAUCUCUAUAUGGCUUCAUUUACUUGCUCUAAUAGAUAGCUUUCUCUAAUGGCUGGGAAUGGAUUGGUGAUUGGGUUGCAUUUGGAUGGACAGAAUGAGGACCAGAUUUUGUUUACAGUGGCUGGGCAUGUGAUUUCUAUCAACCCAGUCCAUCAGAACAAAGUUUAUGGAGUUCUUGCAAAGGCCUGGGUUUGUGGUGAGGAAACGGCUAGAUCAGUUCUAAAUCCAAACGAGGACAUGUACGGGGGGAUUGGCUGUGUACUCAACAAGGUAGAGAGUUGGCUAGGAAUCCAGCAUUCCAGAAGCAUUAAGAAAAGACCCAAGACACAGGCUUGUUUUGCUACUCCUUUGAAAGGGAAAGAACCAACUGGUAGCUCUAUCUCUUCCAAUGCGACAGGCAACUGGGGAAGGAAAUCUGAUGAUGGGCUUAAUGUUACCCAAAAAGCACCAUGCAGUCAUGAGUCUGUGUUGGUUCACUGGCCAGAGAUUAGACCUCUUGGUUUUUUUGUUGGCUUCUUUUGUCCUGUGGAUAAUAUGAGUAGAGGUGGUUAUGCAUUUGUGUUCAAGUUGAAGGUAGGUUGGAGUAGCCUGUUGAACUGGAGAAUGAUUGAAGGAGAUGUCACUAGUCUUGGUAUGGAUUUUCUUUGCUUUUACUUGGGACAGUGCUUCAGUCUCAAGUUUAGUCAGGAGAUGUCAACCAUAACACUCAAGUUGGUUCAUCAGGCUUCUCAGAUUCCCUGCUGGUGCUUCUAGGGUUCCCUGGCAUGAGAUGACUGUUUCAGGCUGGUUACUGGUGGUUUUUUCCAUAUUCUGCAGCUGUAAGACCUUGAAUCUACAUUCUGCCUUUGCACAUCCUUUUCUGGUGAGGGGAACAAAGAUCAGGCUGUUAAAGAGCUUCUUUUGGGGAGGUUGUGUCCAAAACAAGUUGUUUGAACCACCCCUUCCUCAAGCGAAAGUUUGCAGGGUCAUACAGGCCAACUGGUGCUGUGUUUCUGUUUUAUUAGAGAUUUCGUUUAUGUUUUUCUGUGUUUAUGUUUGUCUUUAGUAUUUGUGUCGUGUAAGACUUCAUAAGAAUAUUUAGUAGAGUAUGUUUCUUUGAUGGCUAAAAAGAGAAAGAAAAAAAAAAAAAAAAG